AUGGCAGCAGUAUACAAGUCAUUAUCCAAGAGCGCCUCCAAGGCCGACAAAGAAACAGAUAUCAAUGGCACCGUGCAAAGAAAAAACAAGCAGAGGGUGCUUAUUCUCUCUUCGAGAGGCGUCACCUACAGGCACCGGCAUCUUCUCAAUGACCUAGCAGCGAUGCUUCCGCACGGCCGAAAAGACGUCAAGUUCGAUUCCAAGUCCAAGCUCUACCAGCUGAACGAACUGGCCGAACUCUACAACUGCAACAACGUGCUGUUCUUCGAGGCGAGGAAAGGGAAAGACCUGUACAUGUGGUUCAGCAAAGUGCCCAACGGGCCUACAGUCAAGUUUCACGCUCAAAACCUUCACACAAUGGAAGAACUCCACUUCACAGGGAAUUGUCUCAAAGGCUCACGGCCAAUCCUCUCCUUCGACGGCGCCUUCGAGAGCGAACCACACCUCCGCGUCAUCAAGGAGAUAUUCCUGCACAUCUUCGGCGUCCCGCAGGGCGCGCGCAAGUCCAAACCCUUCAUCGACCACGUCAUGGGCUUUAGCGUGGCAGACGGCAAAAUCUGGGUGCGCAAUUACGAGAUACGCGAGGUCGAGAAGGUCAAGAGUGCCGACGACAACAACAACGAGGACGACAAAAGCAAGAAGGGCAAGUCAAAGGGCAGCGGCGACAAGGACACGGACAUCAGCCUGGUCGAGAUCGGGCCCCGGUUCGUGCUCACGCCCAUCAUCAUCCAGGAGGGCGCGUUCGGCGGGCCCAUCAUCUACGAGAACAAGCGGUUUAUCUCGCCGAACCAGGUCCGGGCGGAGCUGCGGAAGGCAAAGGCCGGGCGGCACGUGGCGCGGAUGGAGCAGCAGCGGGAUACACUGGCUCGGAGGAGGAAUCUUGGGCUGGAGAGCGGCGGCGCGAAGAAGAGGGAUCCCACUGGAUUAGAUACCCGAGAGCUGUUUGCUUAG